ACCAAUUGGCGACCCCUCAGAAAGACCUUCGCGACCCCCAGGGGGGUCGCGACCCCCAAGGUUGGGAACCCGUGAUCUAGAUGAUUGUAUGGGCAGCAAAUCUUCUCCACCAAAAUGCGACGGUCCAGUAGACGUAGCUGUAGCCCCUGGAAGUGUCUGACCCUGAGGGACAUCAGCUGUCUGUCUGGGGAGCAAGAACCUCAGGAGGACAUACACGUCCACCCACCGGCUGACCAUCCUGGGGGAGGGAACAAUAGCCAGCCAACGGUACAUCCCCCUGGGGCCGGCAACCAAGACCUCCCACCGACACAUUCUCCUAGACGCCGGACCAAUGUCCACACACAGGCAGCUUCUGGGGGCUGCCUCAAUGAGGGCUACACUCAAAACUGUGCUGACGAGAGACGCCAUUCAGAAGUUCCAACAGAGAAACCAGCAGAACCAGCUGAAGAAGCUCUGCCGGCCAGUGUCCAGCAACAGGAAGCCACGAGAUCAGAUGCUGGUCAAGGAAGUGCAGACGAAACAAGAGGAGAGGUCCAACACUGUAGCACAGGGGAGAAUGUGGACGCCUUGCCGAGGCCGCCAGUAGUCCAAGGCCAAGCUGGGGUACGCUACAGAAAAGUCAGACCUGUAGAAACAGGGUUACAGGCCGCGAAUGUCCAACAAAAUCCAGAUGGAGUUCAGGAAUCGCCAGCGCUGUCUGUGGAAGAGAUACGACAGAAGAGAGCUUCACUUCGUAGGAGCUGGUUUCUGGACGAGUCUUAG